UGAAGAAUUGGAGCUAGGAAGGAGCCAUGUGUAAGCAAGAAACUUCUUCAUUAACUGAUACUGUAGAGCAAAUUGCAAAGCAACAGCAAUCACAAACGUCAGAAAUAGAAAAAAACAAACAAGCUCUGUUCCAUUUACAGAAUGAACUUCAGGAACUUGAAAAACAAAUAGCAGCAGUCUCUGCAGAAACUAAAGAAACAGAGAGGCAAAUUUAUCAGCAAGAUGCUGUCAUUGAGAAUUCCAAACUUCAAUGUGAAAGCCUGGAAAUUCAAAUCAAGUCCUUACAUAAAGAAAAUAUAAAGCUUAAAUUUGAUAUAGAAUCAGCCCAAGAAGAUUUUUGUGAACAGAUGAAAAAAUAUAAUGCAUAUUAUGUAAAAAUAAAGACACAUAAAGAUAAUUUAGGGGAAAUAGAAAGAAAAUGGUCAUUUAUGACUGAACUUGAUGAAAAGCGAGAUCUCAUUAAAAAACUGAAGACAAUGAAAGAGGAACUUAAGCAAGACCUCCAAAAUCCAGAUGAAACAACACAAAUUCAGGAAGAGAUUUCAAAGCUUAAGAAUGAGAUUAUAACUGUAAAAGAAUCUAUCAUUGAAAAGACUUGUUUUCUUGAAGAAGAAAAAAAGACACAUGAAAAAUUAAGAAAAGAAAUAGAGGACAUUAAAAACUGGUCUUAA